AUGGAUACUGCCAUAUAUACCUCGAUUGCUCGGGCUGCUCUUGUUGGAGACGGCUACUGGCAGGCCAAUGCAACAAACGCGGCUGCGGUUGGAGUAGCAGCAAUGUCUUUGAACCGAGGCCAGAAUCAUAACCAGGGCCAAGACCAGAACCAGAGUCCCUAUCAGAAUCAGAAUCCAAACCAGCACCAACACCAGAGUUCCAAUCUUCAGUAUCAGGCCCAGAGUCGAUAUCAGCAUCCACAUCAGAGCACGACUGCGGGAACAACUCCAGUCAUGGUGCCACCGUCCGUCGUAUCGUCUGCAACUCAGGUCAAGUCGGAGCAAGACUGCUUCGAGCGCCUCGCAUUGGAAUUCGCGUCCCUGCCAGACCGUGAAAUGCCACCAGAGGUCUCGGAUCCGGUAGCCGCACAGCAGCUCACGAACCCAGCAUCAAGAGCGAUGCCAGACCACAGAAUCUCGCCAAACACGCCCACCAACAACUUUGUGGCCAAGACGAUACGCGCGGCCAUGGCGGACAUCAAGCCCAGCUCGUGA